AUGGCGCUUCCUCUACGAAAUCUGGGACGAAAUGGCCCCCAAAUCUCACCUGUCGGGCUUGGAUUUGGCAGCAUCGGUGGCUUUUAUGGACCAGCAGGCACUCUUGACGAGAAGGUGGCCCUUCUAGACUACGCCCAUGCAGCUGGUCUACACUUUUGGGACCUUUCUGAUGUCUACGGUGACAGCGAAGACGUUGUUGGCGAAUGGAUCAAGAGAUCAGGCAAACGUGAGGACAUUUUUAUAGGCACUAAGUUCUCGCUUGAGCGUCAGGUCGAUGGCCACUAUAAAUUCUAUUCCGAUCCCAUCUAUGCCAAAGAGGCGUGCCAAAAGAGCCUUCAAAGGCUAGGGGUGGAUUUCAUUGAUCUUUACUAUUGCCAUGCAGUUGAUGGAGUCACGCCCAUUGAAAAGACCGUGGAAGCAAUGGUGGAUCUAAAGCGAGAAGGAAAGAUCCGUCAUAUCGGUCUAUCCAAUAUCUCGGCAGCAACACUACGCCGGGCGCAUGCCGUUCACCCCAUUGCUGCCCUACAAUGGGAGUACAGUCUGUUCACUUUAGACAUCGAAUCACCAAACUCGGAGAUCCUCGACACUUGUCGCGAGUUGGGCGUUAGUCUUGUUGCCUAUUCUCCCAUCGGCCGCGGUAUUUUCGCCCAAGAGCUUCGAUCUUACGAGGACAUUCCGGAAUAUCUGCGGCAGUACUACCCCAAGUAUGCCGAAAAGAACUUUUCUGCAAUUUCAGGACUAGUGUUGGGCAUCAAAAGAAUUGCUGAUGCCCAUGAAGCCACUGCGGCACAGGUUGCCCUUGCAUGGCUGUUGGCACAAGGCCCGGAAAUCAUCCCUAUCCCUGGCACAAAGUCAAUAUCCAAAAUAAAUGACAAUGCAGCUGCUGCAUUCCUUCAACUGGAUCAAGAUGAAGUCCGGGAACUUCGCACUCUAGCAGAGCAAGCUGAAUUUGAAGGCCCUCGGUACCAUCCUUCGUGGGUGUUCCACAAAGUCUUCCAAGAUGUUACACAAGUGCUGAUUAUUUCUACCUACUAG